UAAAAUAAAAUUUCUGAAUCCGCCAUUGUUCCCCCUCACGGAUCUGGCACUCUCCCCCCAAUCCCAAUCUUCUCCAGGGUUAGAGUUUGGAUUUGGAUUCGGAGGAAAAGAAGAGGAGGCAUUCUGGAUCCCUCCGCAUGAGAUCGCCUUCGGCGCGGUCGGCGGGGGAGAUCCCAGGCUCCGCAGCCACCGCCGUCGGCACCCGCGACGCGGAGUCCCUUUUCCGCACGAAGCCGAUCCCGGAGAUCCGCGGCUUGGAGGUGGCAACCCGGCGGGAGAUCGAUGAGAAGAAGGAAGAGCUCCGGCAGCUCGUCGGCAAGAGCUACCGCGACCUCAUCGAGUCCGCCGACUCUAUCCUCCUUAUGAGGUCCUCCUGCGAUGCUAUCUCCUUCAACCUGUCCGCCAUCGACGCCGCCCUCCGCUCCCUCUCCACCUCCGCCGCCGACCCCGAGACCCCCAAGCUGGCCCCUGACCCCGCCCGCGCCCGCGUCUACAUCAUCGCCUCCCGCAUCAAGUACCUCGUCGACACCCCCGAGAACAUCUGGGGCUGCCUUGACGAGUCCAUGCUCCUCGAGGCCUCUGGCCGCUACCUACGCGCCAAGACCGUCCAUGGCCUCGUCACCGCUGGCGGCGGCGCCGUCGAUCCUGACGCCCUCGCCAAGUUCCCGCUUCUCCGCCACCAGUGGCAGAUCGUCGAGAGCUUCAAGGCCCAGAUCUCCCAGCGGAGCCGCGAGCGCCUGAUGGACCGUGGGCUCACCGUCGCCGCUUACGCCGACGCUCUCGCCGCCGCCGCCAUCAUCGACGAUCUCGCUCCCAAACAGGUGCUAGGGCUUUUCCUCGACUCCAGGCGGUCGUGGAUCUCUCAGAAGCUCGCCGGUGCAUCCGUAGACUCAAACGAAUCUUCUUCUUCUGUUCUUUGUGAUGCGAUCAGAACUAUUAGGGCUAGUCUAGGGCAAGUUGGGGAGCUCUUCGUUCUUGCGUUGAAUGAGAUGCCGCUGUUCUACAAGACUGUGCUUGGAUCGCCCCCCGGGACGCAGCUUUUUGGAGGGAUUCCAAAUCCUGAGGAGGAGGUGAGGCUAUGGAAGUCGCACAGGGAGAAAUUGGAGUCAGUGAUGGUGUUGCUUGAGCCGGAGUUCAUCGCCCAGACCUGUUCCUCGUGGUUGAAGAGCUGUUGCAACGAGAUAUUCGGAGAACUGUCGAAUGGAAAGCAUCUUGUGGAUGCAAUCGGAAGUGGAGAAGGCCUUCGAUCUACUGAGAAGCUGGUGCGGGAGGCUAUGGAUGGUAGGGAGGGGCUCGAGGAGAGCUUGGAGCGGUGGCUGAGGAGCGUCUUUGGCUCUGAAAUUGAGUCGCCAUGGAACCAGAUUUGCGGGCUAAUUUUGAAGGAUGGAAGGGAUAUUUUGGAAGAUAGGUUGGAAGCGGCAUUCCUGAAGAGGAUGAAGGAGAUCAUUCAUUCAGAGUUUGAGAACUUGAACAGAGACAUCAACGUGAGAAAUUCAAUGGCGGCUGUUGUGGCGGCCACUGGUCCUAAAGAUGAGGAUGAUUUCCAAACAUACUUGAAGAAGCCUUAUACAGGUGGGGUUUGGUUUUCAGAGCCCAACCAAAAGAAAACAGGAAUUUCGUAUAACUUUAAACCAACCGUUGAUGAGAAUGAUUUCCAGAGCUGUUUCAAUGCGUAUUUUGGGCCUGAAGUCAGUCGGAUUAGAGAUGCAGUGGACAGUAAAUGCCAAAGUAUAUUGGAGGAUCUAUUAUGCUUUGUAGAAUCUCAUAAUUCUACUUUGAGGCUGAAGGAACUUGUGCCAUAUAUUCAGAAGAAGUGUUACAAGACCAUUUCAGUUGUACUGAAGGAACUCGAAAAUGAACUUUCGCAUCUGUCUGCUUCCUUAGGAAGCAACAAAGGGGACAGGGAUUCUCUACCACCUUCUAUGAUUGUUGAAAGAUCUCUUUUCAUUGGUCUUCUCUUGUUUGCUUUACGAAACCAUUCAAGUCACAUACCUGUGAUACUCGGCUCCCCAAGGCAGUGGGUGAAAGAAACAAGUGGUGCAGCCUUUACUAGCCUAUCAUCACCUUUGCCAAGGCAAUCUAAGGUGGCCUUUGAUUCUCUAGUCUCUUUUAGCCCUAGAAGGCAUACAUUUGACAGCUCCAGAAGCCCUAAAAAGCAAUUUUUUGAUAAUUCCAGAAGGCAAACAAUUUCAGCUGCUACUGCAUGGUAUGCUGUGGAUGACAGCAAGCACCCAAAACUCGAUGAGCUAAACAAAACUUUGCAAGAACUUUGCAUCAAAGCUCAUGGUUUAUGGAUAACAUGGGUGUCCAACGAGCUAUCAAUUAUUCUUUCCAAGAAUCUCAACAAGGAUGAUGCAUUAUCUUCAGCAAAGCCUUUGCGGGGUUGGGAAGUAACUGUAAUCAAACAAGAAGAAUCCAGUAACGGCCCUUUGGAGAUGAAAAUAGCUCUUCCUAUCAUGCCUUCUCUCUAUGUCACAUCUUUUCUCUUUCAAGCAUGCUUAGAAAUUCAUAAAGUUGGAGGUCAUGUUCUUGACAAGAUGAUACUGCAAAAUUUUGCAUGGAGGUUGAUGGAGAAGGUGGUGGAUGUAUAUGAAAAUUUCUUAUCAAGCAUGGAGGGGGGUGAAGCUCGGGUUUCAGAAAAAGGAGCACUGCAGAUUUUGUUAGACCUGCAUUUCAUUGCUGAUAUUCUAUCUGGGGGCCAAGAUCCUGCCUCUGGGUUUCCUGAAAUGAAUGCCAAAGAGGAGUCAUCAAAAAUUGUGAUGCAAAAGCCUCUUUUUAGAUGGAACCAACCACAACUCCAGCCUGGUUAUGCUAAUAGGGAGCAUGUAAUGAAGCUGAUGAAUGAGCUUUCACAAAGGCUGGAUCCCAUUGACUGGGCUAUUUAUGAGCCCUACCUCUGGGAAAAUGAGAAGCAAUCAUAUAAGCGAUAUGCGGUCCUCUUUGGGUUCUUGGUUGAGCUUAAUCGCAUGUACACUGACACCGUACAAAAAUUGCCCACGAAAUCCAAUACAGACUCAAAUAUAAUGAGAUGCUCUACAGUUCCUCGGUUCAAAUACCUUCCAAUCAGUGCUCCUGCCUUAUCUUCAAGAGGAGCACAUAAAUCAGCCCUCCAGACAUCUGCUGAUGAUACAUCAUCGAGGAGCCCUUGGAAAGCAUAUUCAAAUGGGGAAAGGUCUCCAAAGCCUGAGCUUGAUGAUAGUCUUAGUUUUGGAGUUGCAGCGCCAUUGUUCAAAUCAAUCAUGACCCAGGUUGGCAGCAAAUUUGGAGAAAGUACAUCAAGGUGGGGAUCUGUGCUUUCUGAUGGCCAAGUUGGCAAGCUCAAGGACAGGUCAGCAGCUGCCAUGUCAACAUUUGGUGACAUGCUUCCUGGCCCAGCAGCAGGACUUCUGUCAUCUCUUACAGCAAGUGCCACCAGGUUUGACACUUAGUGGAUCGACUUGGCUCUUCUGAAGAGGGAUUCUUGUAGUUGAUGCGAACGCUGCCACUGGAAUCAGGGAGGGUUGGAACUGCAGACUGCCAGUCUCUUCUGGUGGCAACUCUUACAGGCAUGGAUGAGAGGCAGUGAAAUUUUCUGCUGUUUGAUUUUUCAUCUUUGUUCCUCAUUUAUGCCAAAUUGAAGGUUUAUCCUAUUUGAUCAAAACUUGGCAAUGCUAGGGAAGAACAUUCAUCCAAUUUUUGAAGUUGAAGAGGUGAUAUGAGGAAAUCCAUUGUAAAAGGUUGGGUGAGCAACUGCUGUUGUGUAUGUUACUGCAUCUGUAGUAUAUAUCAAAAUAAAAGAGAAAGCAGAUCCAGUUGUGUUUAAGCCAUUACACUUGUUUUGGAGGAAGGCUGUGUAUCUUAUUUAGGGCAUUGGUGCUCUUUUGUUUUGUAAAGGACUGCUGCCUGAUACACCUCUGAAUAUAUUAUCGGAGAUUUCGCACAAAUUCAAUUUUCCGUUCUCU